UUCCUUACACUGAUUUGCCUCUGCAUUCAAAAUUCCACAUACCAUCAAAUUGCUUCAGAAUUCGUACCUUACUUUUUACUUGACCUCUGUCAGGUAUCACCAUCUGACGGCCGAGAUGUCCCAAGACAGUUAGCCUCAUGAUUCUUUAAAUCCCUCCCGUUAGAAAGAGCGGGAUAGCGUAAGAGACGUUGAUCUGUCGGAACUCAGAAAUAAACGGACUUAAAUAGAAAGCUAAGAAGUUUUACCAUUUAUUGUUAGAGAGAGAGAGAGAGAGAGAUAGAGCGAGAAACUAAGAAAGCAGAGAAGAGUAUUUUAGAGAGAGAGGGAGAGAGGAUUUCAAUGGCGCCGAAGAGAAAGAGAACAGAGGCAGAUACUGCGAAGCCGAUUCAGACGUCGACUCGGGUGACUCGGAGCGCGACUCGCCGACUCAACGGAAGCACGUCGGCGGCGUCUGAGGCACCGGCCAAGUUGCCGAAGACGAAGAAGAAGGCGAAAGCGAGCUCCAAGGGAAAAACAAAGGUUGAGGUUGAGGACGUGAAAGCGGAAGAGGCUAGUGACGCUUCGAAGACCAUCGUCAUCGAGCAUUGCAAGCAAUGCAGUUCAUUCAGGAAAAGGGCUGAUCAGGUCAAGGAUGCCCUGAAAAAGGAUCUUUCUGGUAUUACUGUGCUUGUCAACCCAGAAAAGCCAAGAAGAGGAUGCUUUGAAAUACGGGAGGAAGGUGGUGAUACGUUCAUCAGUCUUCUGGACAUGAAGCGACCAUUCGGACCGAUGAAAGCACUAGACAUGGACAAAGUCAUCUCAGAUAUUGUCGACAAGAUCAAAUAAUGAUCUGAUGCUUCACUUGGAUUUUUUUGAUAUUGUAGUAAUGUGGUGAAGCCACUUGACAUGAACAGAGUCAUCUUUAGAUAUUAUUGUCAAGACCAAAUGACGAUUCCAUGAUUUGAAGUAGAUUCUGGAUAUUGCAGUAUUGCCUUUUACAACAAUACAGUUUUUGGUUGAACAGAAGUUACAGAACCAGAGUAACAUUGCUUCAAUAGUUGUAACCUUGCAGUCUUUUGAUGACUUGUAUUAAAAAUUUCUUCUA